AUGCUAAAUCCAGGGGAGAGAGUAGAGAUAGGACCUUCUGGCAGAAAGAUCAUAUAUGAUGCUGAUGGGAAGCCAUGUCGAUCAUGUAAUGAAUUUAAUGAUUUCCAAUUUGUGACAGGUAAAGUGAAAAAUGCUGCAGCCGGCGUAACAACUAGGCUUGCUACUGUAAGUUCGGAUGAUUUAAUUCCAGGGUCUAGAACUUAUACAAAAGUACCUCCUCCUGAUGUAAAUCAACUGGGUCGUUCUUCAUGGACAAUGCUUCACGCUAUGGCUGCAAAAUAUCCAAAGGAUACUCCUACGAACACCCAAAAGGAGGAAAUGACUAAUUUUCUGAAAAUAUUUUCUCAUGUGUAUCCAUGUACUUGGUGUGCAAAAGAUUUUGAGAAGUAUAUUAGGGAAAAUGCUCCAAAAGUUGAUAAUAGAGAACAAUUAGGUAGAUGGAUGUGCGAGGCUCAUAAUCACGUAAACAAGAAGUUAGGAAAACCUAAGUUUAAUUGUAACUUCUGGGAGAAACGUUGGGUUACCGGUUGGGAUGACGAAUAA